AAAGGUCUUUAUUUAUAUGCCCAGACUCCUGGAAGGCAGAAUUUAUCAAGAACGAAAGGAAGAAGCUGCUGAAUUACAAAGCUCUGCUGGUGAAGUCCCUGCAGCCGGCGAUUUACUGCCCGUUCGCUGGCGUCUUUGUGGAGGCCCAUCCAUCAGACAGAUACAUCAGGGAAACAAAUGUUAAGAACAGUCCCGAAGACCUGAAUGCUCUCAUCAAUAAGUUUGCACCAGACAUCAAGACAUGGACGCCCAAGCCGGGUGCUGUGCUGGACCUUGGCCUGGCUCUGAGAGACCCCACCAACAGAUGAUUGAGACAGAUGACAACUUUGAGCCCCAUGCUGACGGCAGUGACUUCUUGGAUCUGACGUUCCCCACAAAGAGACCUGAGCGGGAGCACGCCUACAUAGAGAUUAAAAACAGGAUUGGGGUGAUGAAAUAUGUGGUGCAGCAGGGUCUUCUCUGGGAUGAUCUGUACAUUGGCUUCCAGAACCGCAUACGCCGAGACCCGGAUGUCUACCACCACAAGUUCUGGAACCACUUCCAGACGCAGCUCCCAGUUCGCAGGCCAGACUGGGACCAGUUCCUGCAGGAGAUUUCCCUCCAGGAGCCUGACACAGCAGCUCGGGGCCAAGGAGCUAAUUGUGUAACGUCUUGAAAGACAGAUGUGUUUCUGGAGAUUAUUUGUCUUCUUCUACUGGCCUGUAAUCAUUUAAUGG